UCAUUAAUUGUUCUCGUGUCUCCAUUGAUUGUUAUUCCCUUCAAUCAUCGCAAUUAAUUAAUUGUUGAAGUGUUUGAUUACUGAAUACACAGAGAAUCUUUUCUCUUGGUGUGAAGUCAUAAAUAUUCUUUUUCAUUUGUUUUUCUAUUCUCUUUGUUUUUUUUUCUCCAAUUGUCUGUGUAUAUUUUUCUUCUUCUAUUCUCUUUCCUUCUGGUUUUCUUCCUGUGAGCGGAUCUCUAUUCCCUCAAAUUGAUUCUACAUGAAAACGUUGUCAUCUUCCUUAGUAUUAAUACCAUAUAAAUCAUCAUCAUCAUCUCCAUCAUCAUCUUCACAAGUUUCAUCAGUUUCUUUCUCCUCAUCGUUACCUUCAUUGUCUCCUUCAUCUUACCCUGAUUCUUGCUCACCCACUUCUGAUCAAUUCUUUGGUGUUUCAAUUAAAUUAACUAAGACAACUUCAUUAUCAUCUCUUUAUCCACUUAACAGUCCUACUUAUGGUACCAUGGAUGAUGCUCAUUUCUCAUCAAUUGUCAAUGAAAACAAUGGAAAAAAUGAUAUUAUGGCUUCCACAUCUACCCCACCAACAUCAUCCCCUCCAGCCUCUCCAUCAUCAAAUAUCAUCACCACAGCAGUUGGACCUUCGACAGCUAAAGAUCAUCUUCAGAUAGAGAUACCUGAUUCAUUUAAUCGACGCCAUGUACUUUCUUCAACAAACACCUCAGAAAAUGAGAAAACAACCUCAACAGUUUCAACCUGUAAUGGAGUUGGCGGUGCCGAUCACGGAAUAUCAAGCGGUCAACAUCACCAUUACCACCAUCACCAUCCUUGUGUAACAACCCGAAUUGAUCGUAAUUAUUAUGGUGAUGAAGAUUAUUGUCGGGCCAUUCUUGCUUUUCUAUUUGCCUUUUUUGGUAUGGUCUCUAAUUUAGUAAUACUAGCGAUAGUCCAUGAAAGAGUACCACUGGAUAUUACUCAUCCAUUACCAGAUUUAGGAUUUGACCUUUUACCCGAAGUAGAUUGGACAUUGGAUAUUGCUGAAUAUAUAAUCCUUGCUGUUUCUGCUCUUAUUAUUUUUCUACUCUUUAUUCAUAGGCAUAGGGUCAUAAUAUUUAAAAGAAUUUCAUUGAUGAUGGGAAUCAUAUAUUUAUUCAGAGGUAUCUGUAUGAUAUCAACAGUAUUCCCGUUGGCCAAUAGGCAUUACCCUUGUCAACCUCAGUUACACAAUGGAACCCAACACCUAGACAUUUCUUUUGGAGAAUAUGUGUCCACAAUAGCAUCGAGAGUCGGUUAUAUGCUUUUGGGUUUUGGAUUGUCCAUUAAUGGACGACACAGUUACUGUGGUGAUUAUCUCUUCAGUGGACAUACAGUCAUUCUCACAUUAGGUUUUCUUGUCUUAAGAGAAUAUCUCAUGCCAUCAAGAUGCCGAACAAUCGCUUGGAAAUUAUUCCAUUGUCUGCUCUUCCUUUCAUGUUUUGGAGGUGUGAUAUGUGUGAUCAUUUCUCGAGGUCAUUAUUUGAUCGAUAUCAUAUUGGCUUAUUACGUUACCACUAUGGUCUUUUGGAUUUAUCAUACUUUGGUUUAUAAUCAUUCACUACUGACUUCAUCAUCAACUAAUUACUUGUCACGUAUCUGGUGGUUCCGUUUGCUAUUAUUCUUUGAAAAAGUUCAAAAUUGUCGUAAUUUGAAUUGUGAUCAUCCCCCUUGCCAAUCUUGUACAUGUGAUUCGCCUGUUCCUGUUAUCCCUCGUUCCCUGGAAUGGCCUUUACCUUGGCCUCGGUUUUUAAGAAGAAGAAAGUUACCCUGGUCUCAACAACGAUUAUUAACAACUCAAGUCGCAUGAGAAAAGGGGAAAUGCAUAAGCAUAAAGAUAAUAAAAGGUUGAAAAAAAUGUUAAUGGAAACAAACUUCAUCCAGAACCAACAACAACAACAACAACAACAACAAUUAACAAAUGAAUGAAGUAAAAAUUGAUCAACCGAAAAACAAAACCAACAAAACGAAACACAAAACAAGCAACUAAAAUAUACCAGAGAUAUUUGAGGUGUUGAUUCUAGUUGUAAAUGUAUUUUUUCUAACCAAAGUGAAAUCUACGCGCAUUUUAUCUAAGUGAUUCCAAAAGAAUACUAAAAAAGCCACAACAAAAAAUUAAUUAUAAAAGGAAAUCAUAUUAACGUACACAACAAAAAUCAUAAUCCACACACUCUCAAAGAAGAACCCACUCUUGGAGGCUUGCAAUUUUUCAAGCGAAAAAUAAACAACAACUAAAAUAUUAUAUGGCGACGUUAACAUAAUGGAAAAGGAAGCCCCCACUUCAUAUAUUGACAUUUUGUUGGUUACUGUAAAUGGAUAACUACACACCGAUGUUACUAAAUUAGAGAAAAAAACUCCUCGCGAUCUCUUUUAUCUUCUCUCCCUCCCUAUUUCCCACUCUUUCUCCUUCCACCUCCACCUCCUCUCUCUCUCUCUCUAUCUUUCGCUCACUCACCUUCAUCUUUCACUCGUCUCAUCUUUUUUUCACACUCUUCAUCAUUGUCAAAUAAAUUGUCUCCAUCAAAUCUAAUCAAUCAAAAACCAAUAUUGUUAAAAUAUCAUUUAUCAAUCUGGUUACAUCAUGUAUUAAUUAAUAAUCUAACAAAUUGAGAGCAUAAAAAGGUUAAUUGUAAAUUAAAUGGUUUACUUUGAUAA